AUGCGUGGGGAGCUCUCCGAUGUAAUUACGAAGAGUCACGAUGGAGAGGGCGGUAAAAGUUUGGAAGAAAUUUACGUGAAUUACAAAAAGUUGAAACAGCUGAACGGGUUGAACGCGGCGAGCGAAGCAAAUAAGACUAACGCCGCUAACAAAGCAAGCGAGACUAACGCCGCUAACGCAGCUAACAGCGCUAACGAAGCAAACAAGACGAACGGCGUUAACGAAGAAAACAAGACGAACGCCGCUAACGCAGCUAACGGCGAGAACGAGGGCAUCGCCAGGGGGGACACGAUCUUUUUCGAAGCGCAGAGCGAGGCGGGCGAAAGCGAGAAGGAAAAAAACGGGUUUAGUGAUGUGAGAAGGAACUUCAGAUUUACACACAGGACCAAUUUGCACGUGAAAAAAAGGUCCCUAAACGAUGAACCCGCGCUAGGCGAUAGCAAGAAGGCCUUCCUAAAAAGCAGCCAUAAUCUGACCAGCGUUCCGCUGCUCACCGGGUUUGGCGGGGUUUGCAGUGUUGCCGGUGUUAGCGGUGUUGCCGGUGCUGGCAGUGUUUGCAGUGUUGGCACCGCUCGGGGCGAGGAAAGGGCAGGUGGAAAAAAAAAGUUCAGCCCGAACAGCCAGGCAAACAGCAUAAUAAGCCAUAAUGACCGAACCCUAAAAAUCUUCUGCAACGCGAGGGAAGACGGCGCCAAGAGUAGCAACCCCGCGGGUGGAAAUCGAAGCCGCGGCCGACCGCAGCCGGGCGGUGGCGGCGCCCACUUGAAUGGGAGCGGUGCGCGACCGGCAGCGGCCAUCCCCAAUGAGAAGAAGCGGGCCCCCAAGAGGAAGGCCGCGACGAGUGCAGCUAGCGUGGCCAGCUCAUCCCGAGUGACCAACUCGACUAGCGUGGCCAGCUCAUCCCGAGUGACCAACUCGACUAGCGUGACCAGCUCAUCCAGAGUGACCAACUCGACUAGCGUGGCCAGCUCAUCCCGAGUGACCAACUCGACGGGUGUGACCAGUUUAAUCGGCGCUGCCAGGCUCGAAGUAAAGACGAAAAACGGGACCAUGGAAGCUAAAAGCAAAAAUAGGCUGUCAGUGACGAAGAGCCAAGCUAACAAAAACGUAGUGGACCACAUCAGUGAGUACCCCAUAACGUCCAAAAAUAUCUACGACAGCAUUUACAUCCCUCAGAUUAACAUAAAAAAUAUUUUCAGCGCGAACUCUACUAACGGGGGGGCAGCGACAUGCACAUACAACACCACCUCCUGCGCAGACCCCUCCUUCAGUAGCAACGGAGAAAACAGUGUCCUAAAACGGGGAGACUCUUCUAACCUAAUAAACACGCUAAACGCGUAUUCUAACGUAAAAGUUGCAGUGAGAAUAAAACCCAUUUCCGAAUCGGAAGAAAAUAUCGUCUCCAUAUUUAACAAAAACUAUGUCUUAAUCGAAAAGGAAAAUCAAAAAGAAUGCUAUCUACUCUCUCAAAAAAAAAAACAAGCAACUUACGUAUUCGAUGUAGUAUUCGACGUUAAUGCAACACAGGAAAAUGUGUUUCUGCACACCGCCAAGCCGUUAAUUCCUCACGUCUUUAAAGGAGUCAAUGGAACCGUUUUUGCAUAUGGAGCCACGGGUUCAGGAAAAACGUAUACCAUGUUAGACGAUAAGAAUCAGAAUGGGAUCGUUCAACUGUCUCUCCUCGAAUUAUUUACCAUCAUUAAGGAGAAAAAAUAUGAAAAAGCAAAAGUUCUCAUGAGCUUCCUAGAGGUAUAUAAUGAAACGAUUAGGGAUCUACUUGGAAAGGAAAAAAACAAGUCUUUGGAAGUUCAAGAAGAUACAGCUGAAGUACGUGUAAGUAAUUUAUGUGAAGUACAUGUAGAGAGUUACCAACAAGCAAUGAUGUUAAUAAAUGAGGGAGUGAAAAAUAGAAAAAUGUCACCUACUAGGGCUAAUAAAGUAUCCAGUAGAUCCCAUGCCAUUUUACAGAUAUAUAUCCACAACGAAAUUAUGGAUAACAAUAUGAAUGCAAUAAAUUAUAAGGCCAAAUUAUGCUUCGUCGAUUUAGCUGGUUCUGAGAGAGCUAGUGCUACUUCGAAUAAAGGAGAGAGAUUCAAAGAAGGAUCCUAUAUUAACCAAUCCCUCCUUGCCCUAGCUAACUGUAUCAACUCCCUAGCGUCUAAUAAACAUAUCCCAAAGGUGAGAGUCAAAUAUAGGGAUAGCAAAUUAACGCACCUGUUAAAGAAUUCCUUGGAAGGAAACUGCCUUGUCGUGAUGAUAGCCAAUAUCAACCCUUCGAGAAAAUCCUUUCAGGAAUCGAAUAACACUCUCAAGUAUGCCUUUCGAGCGAGGAAUAUCAAACUCUGUGCAACGGUACAAACGAAUGACAACAAAGAAAGCGACGUAGAAAAAAUACUAAAAAGAAAUGACCUCCUCCAGAAGGAAUACGAUCUACUACUUCACAGGUACAGUAGACUUAAGGAGUACUUCUCCAAUUUGAAGGUCCUCUUUCAGCUCCACAAAAAUGUGCACCAUUGUUAUCAGCGUAAGGAAAACUCAUCGGGGAGAGUUCCCAUCCUUGGAUUGAAACAAAAUAUUUCUGUGUAUGAGCAACUCAUUAAAAUUAAAUCGGAAGAAAUUAAACAGAAAAUUGAUUCUUCCCUCUCCUCGGGGGACGACCAUGAUGAUGUGUUAUUACUAAACAUUUUCGACUCUGUUGUGGACAAAGAUUUGGAUCAUUUUAUUCGCUCCAAUUCGUCUGCGUUAACUGGGGAGGACGACCAGCAGGGGGUGCCGCUCAACCAACAGGGGGUGCCGCUCGACCAGCAGGGGGUGCCGCUCGACCAGCAGGGGGUGCUGCUCAACCAGGUGAAGAGCAAGGCAGAUGUGAGUGCGCAGGGGGAGGACCCGAAUGGCCUUCUCCUCGGGGCGAUGGACGGGCUCGAGGGCGGGGCGGAUUUCGUGAAUGGAGUGCACAAGCGAGGGGGCAACCUGGUGGGGAAAUUGCCCACCUCCGACGUGCCAAUCGCAGCGAGGAUGGGGCCUACAUCCGACGUACCGAUCGCAGCGAGGAGGGUGCCCACCUCCGACGCACCUAUCGUGACGGCCGCGGAAGAGGGUGUCACCCCCGCUGACGCCGCGAACCAAGGCGAACACUUGGAGAGGAAGCACCCGAGCAAAAAGCAACAGCUGCAGACCUUCCAAGAUAACCUCACCGAUAUGCAAAACAGCAUUCUGAUGGACACGAUCAGCAAAAAAAUGGAGAGUUCAUCCCACGCACCCAUAAUCAAAAAAACGAACAUGACGCAGUUAUUCCUGCAGAGUGGAAUCACUGCAGAUCCCCGUCUCGUCCUAAAUGAGCAGGCGGGCAAAAAUAAACUCACCCAGCUGGAACCUCACGGGGUGCUAAACUACAAUCAAAUUUUAGAUAACAGUAAUAGUGGGCAUCAUAGCGACGCUACGCAGGAUUAUCUUAACGAUGCCUCAAACAGGACAGGAAGCCUUUUUAACAACCUGAAUGCGAUGGAAGAUAGUCUAGUCCAUUGUUCCGACAAUUUUGCAGAGCAUUAUGGAGAUAACUUUUACGAUGCCAAGGGGAUGGACAAUGCAGAGGGGACUAUCUUUGCUAAUCCGAUGGAGGUAAAGAGCACCAGGGAUGUAAUAAACUUGGGGAGAGUGAAACGUGAGCCACAGGUAGGCAGGAUGAUAUCCAACAAUGAGGCAGUUAGGAGCAACAAAAGGAAAAAACUCGCGCUAGUGGAGGAAAACAUAAAGCAUGAACAUCACGAAGAAAACUCUUCAUCCGUCAGAAAAAAAAAAGUUAAAAAUGAGAGGAACGUGAGGUAG